ACUUGCAGACAUGCCAUAGUUGAAGAACUAGCAAAGUUUGGAGCCCUUGUGCAUACAUGUGCUCGCAAUGAAACUGAGCUUAAUGAAUGCCUGAAACAAUGGGAAGAUAAGAACUUCAAGGUCACCGGUUCUGUGUGUGAUGUCUCCUUCAGUGUUCAACGAAAGAAACUAAUGGAAGAUGUCUCUUCUGUUUUUCAAGGAAAGCUUCACAUACUUAUAAAUAAUGCAGGGACUGGUAUAGUGAAACCCACAGCGGAAUGCACAGCUGAAGAUUACUCACAUAUUAUGGCUACUAAUUUUGAAUCAGCCCUCCAUUUAAGCCAACUAGCUCACCCUCUCUUGAAAACUUCAUCAUCAGGAAACAUAGUGUUCAUUUCCACCAUUGGAACAUUUAUAGUUUAUCAAGGAGGAGCAAUUUAUUCAGCGAGUAAAGGAGCAAUGAAUCAAAUCACCAAACACCUAGCAUGUGAGUGGGCCAAAGACAACAUCAGAGUCAACGGCGUUGCACCUUCAGCUAUUAAAACACCUCUCAUUGAAAACCUCUUUGGUAAAGACAGUGAUUUACUGAUGAAAGAAGCCUCUCGUGUUCCUCUUGGGCGUUUGGGAGAACCAGAGGAGGUGGCAUCUGUUGUAGCCUUCCUUUGCCUUCCUGCAGCUUCAUAUGUUACAGGCCAAAUCAUUUGCAUUGAUGGAGGACGGGCACAGAUUUCUUAGAAUGGACAGCAACCUUCUACAAAAAUUAGUGAACUUAUUAUUAUAAUCAGGAUGUGAAGUAAAUUACACGUUCUGUAUGUUUGCUGCUGUACCACUUUAAUA